UGUUCCCGCCUCUUCGCUCCCUUUUCCUACGGCAACUUCUUCUAUCUUCUUGUUUGUCAUGGGCUUCGGUGACCUGAAAUCGGCUUCCGGCCUCAAAGUGCUGAAUGAUUUUCUGUCGGACCGCAGCUACAUAGAGGGAUAUGUCCCUUCUCAGGCUGACGUGGCGAUUUUUGAGGCGAUCUCAUCACCGCCCUCAGCUGACCUGUGCCACGCCCUCCGCUGGUACAACCACAUCAGGUCCUAUCAGGACCAAAAGAACAGUCUUCCAGGUGUGAAGAAGCCUCUGGGCCAGUACGGCCCUCCAGGUGUGGCUGAUACCACCACUAGCUCUGUCCCUGCUGCUGACUCAAAGGAUGAUGACGACGAUGACAUUGACCUGUUUGGCUCCGAAGACGAGGAAGACGCAGAGGCAGCUAGGUUAAAGGAGGAACGUCUAGCAGAGUACGCAGCGAAGAAGGCAAAGAAGCCUGCCCUCAUCGCCAAAUCUUCAAUCCUAUUGGACGUCAAGCCGUGGGACGAUGAAACAGACAUGAUGAAGCUAGAGGAGUGUGUCCGCAGUAUCCAGAUGGACGGGCUGGUCUGGGGACAGUCAAAACUGGUCCCGGUGGGCUAUGGUAUCAAGAAGCUGCAGAUCGGCUGUGUGGUUGAAGAUGACAAGGUGGGCACAGACAUCCUCGAGGAGCACAUCACAGCCUUUGAGGAUUAUGUUCAGUCGAUGGACAUUGCUGCUUUCAACAAAAUCUGAUAUGACAACAAACAUCAUGCUAAUAUAAUAAAAAGCACUUCAGCACAAAAUA